GUUCGCACGAAAUGGCUCCACGUGUCUCGACGUGUUCCUUGCUGUUGACUAUGGCACGCGUCAGUGGAACGUGAAUCGUUGGACAAGAAAUUAAACCUGUAGUAUGGAGUUCUACGGAGUCAACGGAGGGGAAGGAGAGGAAAGAGACACGCGAGUUUUAGAAUUGCAGAGAGCUCCACGACCAAUGUGUAAAUUCGCGGAUGAAAAUAAGCUACCUGCUGUUUUCCGUUUCACGGAGUGGAUAGUGAUUCGCGGAAGAAAGGAGUGGAAGGAGAAAAGAAAUAUGCAAGAACCUGCAGGACCAGCAGCAACAUCCGUCACCGGCGCACUUCCGUUCACUCGUCUUCCCCGAUUGGUAUCGCGUUUCCCAGGGCGACAUCGGUUCUCACGGGGAACAAACGCGUUUGCACGGCCCUGACGCGCCGCUCCGCUCGAAGCCUUCGAUGGUAUUCCGGCGCGCGUACGCGAGCGGAUCGCGAUGCGUUCGGGCCAUUUUCACGCGUCACCGUGCCGACGACUUUCACUUUGUUUCCUGUAGCUGCAGGCGCGCCUAAUAUUCGAUUGUUUCGCGCAUUUCGAGACGAUCUGGACGGUACCGUCGUCGCAGACAUCGUCGACGUCGUUGAUGA